AGCCCAGGAGUGUUGGGCGAUUGUGGUUUUCCUCCCAGCCCGCAGAACUCAGCCGUGACAGCCCAGCCUGAGCGUCUCAUGACCUAAUCAGCACAGGCAUGGAGGAGACAGUUGUGCAACCCUCGGUAUUUGUCGUGGAUGGACAGACGGACAUUCCAUUCACGAGGCUGGGGAGCAGCCGCCGGAGACAGCCCUGCAGUUCAGCCCGGCUGGGCCUGGCACUCUUGCUGCUACUGCUGGUGACCGGGCUGGCUGUGCAGGGCUGGUUUCUACUGCAGCUUCACUGGCGCCUGAGGGAGAUGGUCGCCCCCCUGCCGGAGAGAGAUGCUGGAGCCUGGGAGCAGCUGAUCCAAGAGCGGAGGUCCCACCAGGCCAACCCGGCAGCACAUCUCACAG